AUGGAUCAUGUGAGGGAGGAAUUGGAAUAUGCUGGCAGGGUUUUUGCUCAGAAUCCUGCUUGGCCAGUGAAGAGGGCAAUUGAAGAAACUGCUGCUGUUGUUUUGAGGCUCUACCAUGACAGAAAGAACAAAUGCUUGAUGCCGAGGAUUUCCAAGCAGAUUGUGGGUUCAGAGUUUGGUCACUUCCUUGUUCAUACAAUGUUUACUUUCCAAUCAGAAAUCCAACACUACAAGUUUUUACAGUACCAAACAGCCUAG